UCGCAGUUGUCCGAGGGUACCCUUGCGGCAAUCAUCGACUACCGCGAGGCCACUACGCCAUAGUCCUUCCAACGGCGCACCUGUCGCCUGUCAUUGGUCCGUGGCUGUGAGGCGCCGGGCCUGAAUCGCACUGGUUUAAUAUCCCACUCUGUCGCUGACCUCAGUCGAUUGUGAGUUUAUAAGUCUCUGCUCGACUGCCCCCGCGCCUUCUGACUCGGUGGGACGCGUCCCAAAAGACUUCCCACUUCUCCCAUCGCCCUCGCACCGCCUCCGCAGCAACACCGCUCGCUUGCUCGGCCGACCCACCACGUACGUCUCGAUCGCCUAACCCAGAGUUAGCAAGAAUCUGAAAAGCUGGCCUUCUACGCGACUCCUCCUCUCACGCCGCUCGGGCAACGGAGCGCACGCGAUCCGCCCUUGUACCUUGCUCAGAAGGGCAGGUCGGCUGGCAUGGACAAUAAUGACCGUCGCCAAAGGCAGGCCAAUCCCACUGCUUACCCUGGACAACAAGGACUCCUCCAGACCCCGACCCAGUACCCCGCCGUGAGCGGGGCCGAUCGCUUCAGGGCUCCUCUGACGGCGCAGUCUCCAGCGUCCGCGCCUUCGACGGGCAGGCCGGGGACGGGGCAAGGGUACGGCUACGGAUACGGCGAAGGCGCGCAGUUUGUGGGUUCGUCGAUACAGGCCGGCGCGCUGCAAUACCCGGCGGAGUACGGUCAGCAGGAACAACAGCGGGCGCCACAGCAAUACUCGCAGUACCCGCCCACGAUGAUGUACAAUGUACCGGCGCAGCAGCAGGCGGCUCCGCAGUCCCCCUAUGAGUCUGUGCAACCGUACCAACAGCGGCAGUCUGCAGCAAUAGAGGUCUUGUCAAACCAGUUUGGGGUGCCACAGAGCUAUUAUGUGCCAGGCGAAAGUGGCCCGACUAGCGCGCCCCCGGCUGGAAUGGCGGCGUCGCAGAGCGUGCCCUCACAGUAUCCAUCCCUCUCUUAUACAACGCAAAGCCCCGUCGGACGGGACGUUCUCGCUCCCGCUUAUGCCGCUGGAAUGAGUGACCCAACGCAGGGCGGCUCGCAUGGAGCAUACCCCCAAGCGAACUACGCGGCGCAACAAGGCGCGGCUGACUACGACAGUGCUUAUGCCGAAUACCAGACUCAGCUCAAGAGGACCUUUGGCUACAUUCACGACGGGCGCCUGGCGGAGGGGGGAACGAGCUUGAUGAGAAUCACGGAGUGGUUGCUCGGGAACGCCGAGGCCUUGGGUCUAGUCCGCGACGACGCAGCCAUGCACUCCGAGCGCCUGAAGCUCUGGGAGGAGUUCAACACUUGUUGGCUCUCCAUAUUACAGAAGCAAAAGGACAUGCUGCAGGAGACGGCCGAGUCGGGGCAGCCGCCUCCGUCUCCUUGCAGUCUUAUGGAAUACGAUUUCAUGGAGAGCAUGGGCAAAGAUCUCGUCCAUCUCUGCGACAACAUGGAAAAGCACGGCCUUGUGGACUAUCAGAUGGGAGUGUGGGAGGAAGAGAUUGUAUCGAGUAAGCGCCCCUCCCCCCCCUCUUCCCUCCGAGACAGUGCGUGAAUGUCGGCCCAACUGACGCAUCCCAGUUCUUACUACGUGCCUCGAUCUUAUGGAGGAACACACAGGUGCCGGCGGCGCACAGCGAGCGCCGCUGCCUUCGACGGCGAGAAGGCGAUAAUGUCACGGAGAUCUCCACGCUAUAAUGUCCGGAUACGAAGAACGCGAUUAUUCCCUGAUUUUUACUUGUAUGCCCAAGGUGCUCGCACUUGUUUUUCAUUU